AGUAUUGCUAUUCAAAUUUAGGCGCAAUUUAUGCAAAGGGUCUAUAUGUUGAAACGAAUGGUUGCUUUAAGUAACUAUCAUUUGCCAAAUGUAAAUAAUGAAAGUUGACAUCAAGACCUACAUAUAAAUCAGGCAAAAUGAUUGCUAUAUCAAAUUCAAGUUUCGUUUCGGUUUUGUUGUAUUCAAAUUCAGAAAACGUAUCGGUCUUCGUAGAAUGUAGAAAAUAAGACGGAUUCUCAGUUUAAAGUUUAGCAAGAAACAUGAAAACAAGAUUGUUACACGCUGCCUUCCUGCUUUACAUUGGAAUAGCCAAUGCCGCUAUUAUGAGGUGCUACAAGUGUGUCUCCAGUUCAAGCUGGGACCAUUGCAAUGACAGUCAAGUUGUUGAAGACUGUCUUUCGGAUGAGGAACAAUGUGCUCAAUUCCUCAUUCAAGCCUAUGAUCCAGUAUCUGGUUCAAGUAAAGCAAAUUACCUCAAAGGUUGUGCGUCAAAGAGAGUGUGCCAUAAACGUCAAACUUCCAAAGUGUGUGAAGAUUUUCGGAGGAGAAACUCUGGAGCGCGAAUAAGCUGCCAAGUCUUCUGUUCCUCUGGAAAUCGCUCAAACGAAGGAAAACCACCAGGUAUUGAUCAAUAA